CGCGUCCCUCCCAGCUGGCAGCUUAGGGCCUGGGCUUCCAGCGCCCAGCAUGCCCUGCGGCCCGGCGCGCACUACGCGUCCCACAAUGCCUCACGGCCCCGCCCCACUCUGGCGGAGACCCCGCCGGGCAGCACUGCGACCCCGGCCCGCCGCCUGCAGCCUACUGGGCUGCGCAGGCCGGGUGCCAUGCGGAGGGGCGAGCGCAGAGUCGCCGGAGGCUCGGAAUCUGAGUUUCCGCUUCUCGAGGGCCGCCGCAGCACUGAGUCCGAGGUCUACGACGAUGGCACUAACACCUUCUUUUGGCGUGCCCACACUUUAACUGUGCUGUUCAUCCUCACCUGUGCGCUCGGCUAUGUGACUCUCCUAGAAGAAACCCCUCAGGAUACAGCCUACAACACUAAGAGAGGUAUUGUGGCCAGUAUUUUGGUUUUCUUAUGUUUUGGAGUCACACAAGCUAAAGACGGGCCAUUUUCCAGACCUCAUCCAGCUUACUGGCGGUUUUGGCUGUGUGUUAGUGUGGUCUACGAGUUGUUUCUCAUCUUCAUCCUUUUCCAGACAGUCCAGGAUGGCCGGCAGUUUCUGAAGUAUGUGGAUCCCAGGCUGGGAGUCCCAUUGCCAGAGAGGGACUACGGGGGCAACUGCCUCAUCUAUGAUGCUGACAACAAGACUGACCCCUUCCACAACAUCUGGGAUAAGCUGGAUGGCUUUGUUCCUGCACACUUCAUUGGCUGGUAUCUGAAGACCCUCAUGAUCCGUGACUGGUGGAUGUGCAUGAUCAUCAGUGUGAUGUUCGAGUUCCUGGAGUACAGCCUGGAACACCAGCUGCCCAACUUCAGCGAGUGCUGGUGGGACCAUUGGAUCAUGGACGUACUCAUCUGCAACGGGCUGGGCAUCUACUGUGGCAUGAAAACCCUCGAGUGGCUGUCCUUGAAGACAUACAAGUGGCAGGGCCUCUGGAACAUUCCAACCUACAAGGGCAAGAUGAAGAGGAUUGCCUUUCAGUUCACACCUUACAGCUGGGUACGCUUUGAGUGGAAGCCAGCCUCCAGCCUGCACCGCUGGCUGGCCGUGUGUGGCAUCAUCCUGGUGUUCCUGCUGGCAGAGCUGAACACCUUCUACCUGAAGUUUGUGCUGUGGAUGCCCCCUGAACACUACCUGGUCCUUCUGCGGCUGGUCUUCUUCGUGAACGUGGGUGGUGUGGCCAUGCGUGAGAUCUACGACUUCAUGGAUGAAUUGAAGCCCCACAGGAAGCUGGGCCAGCAGGCCUGGCUGGUGGCCGCCAUCACAGUCACAGAGCUGCUCAUCGUGGUGAAGUAUGACCCGCACACACUCACUCUGUCACUGCCCUUCUACAUCUCCCAGUGCUGGACUCUCGGCUCCAUCCUGGUGCUCACGUGGACUGUCUGGCGCUUCUUCCUGCGGGACAUCACCAUGAGGUACAAGGAGACCCGGCGACAGAAGCAGCAGAGUCACCAGGCCACAGCCGUCAACAAUGGGGAUGGGCACCCAGGGCUGGAUGAUGACCUGCCAGGGACUGGACCUACAGAGGAAGAGGGGGCCCCCAGUGAUGGUGUGCCUGCUGAGGAGGGGGCCUCAGCUGCGUCAUGAGCCUCUCCCUCCUCACUGGCCAUGUGCCAUAGGGCUGUCCCAUUUCUCCCAUCCUCAUGCUCCCUGCUUCAGAGGAGGUGGGGGGCGUCCACACUCUACGAGGGGCACCUGAGGCACAUGUUUAUGUGCAGGUAGGUGUGUGCACAUAGGUGUGUGCACAUACUGGCUCCUGACACUUCUUUGGGGCCAUGAGCUAAACAGUGAGCCUGGAACUUGCUCUAGAGCAAGAGUCCUGCCCUGUCCUACCUGGUCAGCCAAGGCCCUGGUCCAUGGUCUCUCAUGUGCUCAGUCUCAGCACAGGCUAGGAGAGGUAUCUCAGUACUCUUUCUCCACCCUCUAUGGGGCAGGCAGAAGCCCCAUGAGAUCCUGUGGUCCCACCCAACUUACUGCAGCAUAAGUGAAGGUUAUCAGAAUACCAGGAUGGCUGCGAAGUGGUAGGUCUGAGUCAGUACUGAGCCAUUUCCUUUGGAGCCUUCCUUUAACCAGGACUGGAAGCUGGGGGGAGGCGUGCAUGGAGGUCACAGAUAGACCUCUCUCGAAGUCAGAGAGUCCAACUUGGAGACCCGUACCCCAGGUGCUAGGGUGUUGUCACCAUGGCUCCCUGAGUUUAUAGUCGUCCUCUUGAGCAAACCGGAACAAAUAAAGUGAUGAUGAAGGAGCAUA